AAUACAGAAUACUAUGUAGAAUUGUCCCGUCAAACUGCAAACAUCAAAAACAAACAAAAAAUAUGGCAGCCGAAAUUAAACCUGCAACUCAAUCAAAUGAGAGAUUCUGCACAGCGAAAAAGCCUGUUCUAUUAUCAAAACUAGAUUCUUGUAGCGACGAUAUUAAUGCAGCCGUUCUUAUACCAGGGGAAGAAGGAAUUAUCAGUGUUUCAGAUGAUAAGACGGUUCGAGUAUGGCUCAAACGAGACUCGGGUCAGUACUGGCCCAGUAUUUGUCAAUACAUGCCAAGUGGGACGACUUCUAUUUAUUACACUGUUGAGACCAAACAACUUUUCAUAGGACAAGAAAAUGGGACUGUUUCAGAGUUUACUCUGGCUUCUGAUUUCAAUAGAAUGAUACCAACCAAAGAAUAUUUAGCACAUCAAGCGAGAGUUACAGAAAUUAUAUUUGCCAUAAAUUGUGAAUGGGUCUUGAGUGUUGGUAGAGACAAGGUGUUUUCGUUCAACUGCACCCAAACUGGUAGAAAUAUUGGAAUAUUUAAUGCUGAGGCAUGGUGUACAGCUUUGCAAUUUGACGCACAAACCAAACAUGCUUUUGUUGGAGACUAUUCAGGACACAUAACUAUGCUAAAACUAGACAAUAAUGGGGCUACUGUGAUCACAACAUUGAAAGGCCAUUCAGGGUCAAUUCGAUCACUUGCUUGGGAUGGAGACAGACAAAUGCUCUUUAGUGGUUCUUUUGAUCAUACUGUGAUUGUAUGGGAUAUUGGGGGACAACAAGGCAAUGCUUAUGAACUACAAGGACAUCACAACAAGGUGUCUGCUCUGCAUUAUUCAAACAGCACAAAACAGUUAGUGAGCGCUGGUGAAGAUAGCGUUAUUAUUUUUUGGGACAUGAAUCAACCCAGACAUGAAACUCCAGAAUGGGUGGAAUCAGAUUUAUGUCAGUUGUGUGGAAGGCCAUUUUUCUGGAACCUGCGGGCCAUGAUGGAUCAGAGGCAGCUUGGUUUGCGUCAGCAUCACUGUCGCCAUUGUGGCAAAGCUAUUUGCGAGCGAUGCUCCACUGGAAGAAUAGCGAUACCUUCGAUGGGUUUUGAAUUUGCAGUAAGAGUUUGUGAACCAUGCCAUAAUGUACUGAAAGAUGAAGAGAGACCCUCUUUGGCAACUUUCCAUGAUGCAAAACAUAGUGUUGUAGCAAUGAAUCUCGAUGAAACUGGCAAACGGCUUGUUACUGUGGGUCAAGAUCGUUUGAUUAAAGUGUGGGAUGUAACAGCCUUGCUUUGAAUCUUAUUUCAACUGAUAAACUAAAACAGUGAAAUGUGAUUGAACAAAACUAUAUAAGAUAAUGAUG